AUGUACUCGCCGGACCAGUUCAUGAACCCGGGGCCGGCUCCCCGCCCCCCGACGGAUCGUCCCAAGUUGACCCUCCCCACCAACAACAAUGUGGCCACCUCGUUCAGUCAGAUGGCCUUGAACUCUCCCAGCACCCCCAGCACCGCUCCCAGUGGCAAUCUCUCGCUAUUCCCCAAUACCAGUACUCCCUCCCUGGCCCGGAGUCAGACGAGCGGCUCCGGGAGUCUGGCGAUUAUCAAGGAGGGCUUCGUGCGCUGCAAGGAAGACAAGUUCCUGGCAACAUGGAAUCAACGUUACCUCAUCCUGCGCGACUACAAGAUCGAAUUCCUUAAGAAUGAGUCGGGCAAGGUCGUUCUGUCGUUCCCGCUUUCGACCGUGACCUCCGUGUCUCGUUCUGAGGAGUCGAAGAUGGCCUUUGAAAUCACUCGCCUGGCUAACCCUAAGGAUGCCGGCUCCAAAGCCGCUAUGAUCACCCGCGAUGUCCCCACCAAGACUAUCACCUGCGAGGUCAAGUCUGACGAUGAGAUCUACGAAUGGAUUGACCGCAUCUACGAGCGGUGUCCCGGCAUGGGUGGUGUUAGUAACCCAACCAACUUCAGUCACCGUGUCCACGUCGGUUUCGAUCCACACACCGGUGCUUUCGUGGGCCUCCCGCCGGAGUGGGAGAAGCUUCUGACCGCGUCGGCCAUCACCAAGGAGGAUUACAAGAACAAUCCUGAGGCAGUCAUCGAGGUCCUGGAGUUUUACUCUGAUAUCAAGAUGCGGGAGCAGAACCCGCAAUACUAUGCUGGACUUGGAGGCCCCAGCGCUGCUGCACCAAAGCCCCUAGGCAACAAUGCCGUGGGCAACUCGAUUGCCCCCCCUCGGCCUGCUCCACCGCCUCUUGCGCAACGCCUCGACACUAGCCAACCAAAGGCCUCGAUGGAUAGCCCUAUGCGCUCUGCUACAUCUUCACCAGCCCAAUCGCACAUGCCCGAAUCGGCGGCGGAGCGCAUGGAUCGGGAACGAAUGGAUCGUCGCAGAGCAAAUGAGGAGGCUGUGGCAGCCAAUAAGGCUGUGUCCAGGGCCCAGGAACCUCUGUAUGGAUAUGGCAGCCCCAAGAAAGAGGAUGGAUACAAGAAUAUGGGCGGAGAUGCCAUGAAAAUCAAUAAAUUCCAGGAAAGACCUCUCCAGGACAAAUACAUUGCCAGUCGCCCAGCGCCCAAAGCUCCCGCCGCUCCUCAGGGCCCACCUGCUGGCAUGUACCAAAGCGAAAGUCCCUCACCAAACGCCGCUCCUCAUUAUUCUCCCAACCGUCCGCCUCCAAGCAAUGGCAGCAAAGGUCAACAAGGGCCCCCUCCAAGCCGUCUUCCUGCUCCCGUGCAGGCUGUCAAGCCAUUGAACAUCGCCAACAAGCAAACAGCCAAGAACCCUGCUGUCGAUGGCGUCCGUCAGGCAGAGGCUGCUUUGACUAAGAAGACCGAGCCACGCCAGAAGGAGGUACGCAUGUCUGCUAUGUCUGAAAAUGAAGUUAUGGACCGUUUGCGGGCGGUGGUCUCUCGGGACAACCCCAACGAGUCGUAUAGCAAACAGCGCAAGAUCGGUCAGGGUGCGUCGGGCUCCGUAUAUGUGGCCCGAGUGAAGGAGCAUGCCACAUCUUCUGUGGCUCGGGAGCUGUACCGACAGUACGGCCCACGCUGCCAGGUAGCCAUCAAGCAGAUGGAUCUGCGCAGCCAGCCCCGAAAGGAGCUGAUUGUCAAUGAGAUUAUUGUCAUGAAGGACAGUCAGCAUGCCAAUAUUGUCAAUUUCCUUGAUUCCUUCUUGCAGGAGUCGAGCAAUGAGCUUUGGGUGGUCAUGGAGUUUAUGGAGGGCGGCGCCUUGACUGAUGUAAUCGAUAACAAUUCAUCGAUCCAGGAGGGCCAGAUUGCAACCAUCUGUGCCGAGUACUCAAAACAGACUUGUAAAGGAUUGGCUCACCUUCACAGCCAAAAUAUUAUCCACCGAGAUAUCAAGAGUGACAAUGUCCUACUUGACGCUGUCGGCCACGUCAAGAUCACCGAUUUUGGCUUCUGUGCCAAGCUCACCGAAUCUAAGAGCAAGCGUGCUACCAUGGUUGGCACUCCGUAUUGGAUGGCACCCGAGGUUGUCAAGCAGAAGGAGUAUGGCCCCAAGGUUGACUGCUGGUCGUUGGGUAUCAUGGCCAUCGAGAUGAUUGAGGCCGAGCCCCCGUACUUGAACGAGGAGCCCCUGAAGGCUUUGUAUUUGAUCGCCACCAACGGAACCCCGACCCUGAAGAAACCCGAGAAGUUGAGCAAAGAACUCAAGGCAUUCCUGAGCCAGUGUCUCUGUGUCGAAGUACGCAGCCGUGCCACCUCUCAUGAGCUACUCGCCCACGAGUUUCUGCAGACAGGUUGCAAUGUCGCCGGUUUGGCUGAGCUGCUGCGCUGGAAGAAGCCCAGCGGCCAGUAA